AGCAUAACAGUACUGCGUCGUGAGCCGAUGAGUGAUGUUGUAUUUUCACUCCAGUGGACAUCGAAGUCAAAUAUUUCCAGUGAUAAGUGAAAUAUUUUGAAUUUAAAAAAGGACCAUUCGGAUUUCGAAAAUCGUGGGUAAUCAGGUCCAAAGAUGGCGCGGGAAACGAAUGGCAUUUAUAUGCGCAUGGGCAUGUAUGUGCUGACGAUAGCUCUGCAUGUAACGAACAUAGCUUACAUGGCGACCAAGACUGCCAGAAGUUUAGAAGCAGCAGAAGAUCCGUACAUCAAAGUGUAUGCCUCCUUGCAGACUAGGUUUUUCACGUGUUGGACGUUUUUCCUGCAAAUUGUAUACGCUGUGAUCUCUCUGACCUGUGAUAGUCUCCUUCUAAAGAAUUCUUUGAAGAAAAAUUACAAACUGCCAAAGUAUUUGUAUAUAUUCAGAGAGGGUCUUUUUAGUUCCGUAAUAUGGCCAUCUAUAUGGGUUGUGUUCCUUGUGUUUUGGGUGUUGUACCACUACAAUAGAGACCUUAUAUACCCGCCGUUUGUGGACAAGAUUCUGACGUCAUUCUCCAACCACAUUAUGCACACGUUCAUCAUACCGAUAGCGACGUGGGACUUGCUUUUCCGACCACGGAAGGUUCCUAAAUCUCAUCUCCCGAACCUUCAAUAUUUAACCUUUCACUUUGGGCUGUACCUUGCUGUACUAUUAUACACGUACGCGGAGACAGGAAUCUGGAUAUACCCCGUUUUUAAAUCACUGUACGGCACAGUUUACUUCAUUGUCGCUCUCGGCAUUAUAUUCUCAAUCGCUUUAGGCGCUUACUUCAUUCAGUGGCCCAUUACGAGGACUUUAUUUCCAGAAACAAGAAAGAAAGUAAAAUAAUUGAGUGUGAUACAUACUUUUAAGGAUUUAACACAUGGGUUAAAGGUGACAAAAAAGAAAGAAACGAGUCAAUAAAAGAGUUCGAACCUUUUUGUGUGGAGCGUAGCAUACCUAGUUAGUUUCAACUUUCAAGUACUUAAAAAGGGCAUAUUUUCUGU